AUAGUGAGAGAAACCUGAACUAUAAGGUCUUGUGGUGAAGAGCAAAGAUGGGUGACAAUAGCUCAGUGUAUAAUGAGCUCCGCCUGGAGCAGCAGCUUUGUGAUGCCGUGAUCAGAGUGGACAAUGUUGAAUUUCACGCGCACAAGGUCAUCCUGUGUAACUGCAGCUCGUACUUCAGAGCUCUCUUUACCCACUGGUCAACCCCAGACAGUCGGGUCUUUGACAUUCCCAAUGUGUCACCUGACAUGAUGAAGCUCAUCAUUGAGUUUGCCUACACUGGCUUUAUUCCUGUGACACAAAUAAAUAUACAAGAACUGUUUAUAACGGCCGACCGGUUUAAUGUAAUGGGAAUCAUAAAAGCCUGCAGUGACCUCCUGGUGGAGCAGCUGACCCCACAGAACUGCCUGGGCAUCUGGUGGUUCACAGAUGCCUAUUACUACCCUGAACUGAGACACACGACCUUCCUCUUCACGCUGAAUCACUUUGAGGUUAUUGCUGCCACCUCAGAGGAGUUCCUGCUACUCUCUGUGCAGGACCUUGCCAAAAUCAUUGAGAAUGACCAACUCAACGUGAAGAAAGAAAAAACAGUGUUUGAGGCUAUCCUGCGAUGGAUUUCCUACGCACCUGAGGAACGCAGAGAAUACAUCUCUCUGCUUUUGCCCAAGGUCAGAAUGGCUUUGAUGAGUCCAGAAUACGUCAUGGAAAACAUAAACGACAAUGAACUGGUGAAGGCAAGUGAUGAGUGUCGAUCAGUUCUCCUAAAGGCAUUGGAGGCCAUGCUUGAUGUCAGAACAGCGAGGUUCUCCAAUUCUAUUUUCUAUAAUCCUUUGGUCCGUCCACGCCUGCCCCCUGCCAUCCUGUUUGCCAUUGGUGGCUGGAGCGGUGGCAGUCCAACCAAUGGAAUUGAGGCAUACGAUGUCCGUGCAGACCGCUGGGUCAAUGUAACUGAAAAUGAGGAACCCCCCCGGGCCUACCACGGUGCUGCCUUCCUCAAUGGAUCGGUCUACUGUGUCGGUGGCUUUGACAGUAUCGAACAGUUCAGCACUGUGCACAAGUUCGACCUGGAUACACACACCUGGCAGGAGGUGGCGCCAAUGCAUUCCAGCCGCUGCUAUGUCAGCGUAACUGUGAUGGAUGGGUACAUAUAUGCCAUGGGAGGUUAUGAUGGACAUGAUCGACUCGAAACUGCUGAACGCUAUCAUCCUGAAACCAAUCAGUGGACUUUAAUUGCGUCCAUGCACGAGCAGAGAAGCGACGCCAGUUGUACUAGUCUACGUGGCAAGGUCUACAUUUGUGGCGGCUUCAAUGGGAACGAGUGUCUGUCAACGGCCGAAUGUUACAACCCAGAGACCGACCAGUGGACAUUGAUCGCCUCCAUGGGCAACAGACGCAGUGGGAUUGGGGUUGUCGCCUAUGCAGACCAUGUGUUUGCAGUUGGUGGUUUCAAUGGAACAAACCGUCUGCGCAGCGCUGAGGCCUACAACCCUAACACCGACACGUGGCACAGUGUGCCCUCCAUGCUGAACCCCCGCAGCAAUUUUGGCAUCGCUGUGAUUGAUGAGCGCCUGUUUGUGGUCGGGGGCUUCAACGGUUUCACCACCACCUUUGAUGUUGAGUGCUAUGAUAUCGAAGCUGGUGAGUGGUCUGGUGCCCGUGACAUGGAGAUCUCCCGCAGCGCCCUGAGCUGCUGCGUGGUGUAUGGACUGAACAACGUGGCCGAGUACGCUGCUACUCGUUACUCCCUGCAAUUCUCUGAUGAAGAGGUUGAAGUGGAGUGAAUGAAGAUCUGACUAUGAUUUGUUCUGUAAAUAAAUGAUUCUGUGCAUCAAAUUACAGCAUUCCUAUUUUACAGUUUGUGUGAUGAGCUGUCAACUU